AUGAAAGAUCUUCUUCAGCCAUAUAAGUUGGGCGAGGACAUCGGGUUGUUUCUCGUAAAUUUCGAAAGAACGUGCGAGAAAGUGCAAUUCCUCCGCGAGACAUGGCCCCAUAAGCUAGUGACGCUACUCCCUUGCGAAGCGGCGGACGUAAUAGCGCGCUUAACAAGAGAGGACGCCGACAAUUACGACCAAGUUAAGGCAGCACUUCUCAAGAAGUAUCGCUUGUCCACGGAAGCAUUUCGCCAACGCUUCCGUCAAGCAUCUAGGAAGCCAUCUCAAUCGUGGCCAGAGUUCGCAUAUAACUUAAAGGCAGAUUUGAUAGAGUGGCUAAAGAGUGCCGGGGCCCACGGAGACCACGAUAAGGUGGUCGAGUGUGUUGCAACGGAGCAGUUCUUCCGGAAGCUCCCUGAUGCCGUGAUGUUCUGGGUUCAGGACAGGCUCAGCGAGCCUAAUCUCAUGAAGGCCGCGGAGCUCGCGAAGGAACACGCGAUGAGAAGAGGCCUGCAAGGUGAUAGCUCAUGCAAGGCGCAGAGGGACAAAGAGGGUAAGAAAGCUUUCUGGUCGAAAAAGAACGAGGUGGGAAAGCCGUUCCCAAGACGGUUCGCUAGCGAGGGGUCUUUCCAGAAACCUAAAGAAACGGAAGUCGAGGCAGCGAACAGGAAAGUUGGCUACCAGCCGAAACCAAACAGCGAAGGCAGCAAGGUCUUCAAAAAAAGGAGACCAUCUAUUUGUUUUAAUUGCAAAGAGCCGGGCUACUUUGCGGCCAGCUGCACAAAGAAAGUGGCUUUCCACUAUGUCUGUGACAGCGAAGACAACGAGAGGUUGUUAGAGCCCUACACGCGACAAAUGCUAGUAAAUGGCAAAGAAUGCCGUGUGUUGCGAGACUCAACCGCGACGAUGGACGUCGUACACCCUAUACGUACGUGCGACCAGAGGAGUACACUGGAGACUGCGCUUGGAUUCGACAGGUGGUAG